AUGGCGUUUCUUCAUCAUGCCGAGUCUCACAUGUCAGAGUUCAUGAACCUGCGCGGCAAUGUGGGACUCAUUAUCGACAUCGCCGUCGAGCACGCGCUUACAGCGCCCCAUCUCCUGGAUCAGUUACUCGCACUUUCAGCGCUUCACCUUUCCACUCAAGACACGGCUUUGGCAUCUUCGUUCAACCGCCAGGCCACAGAGCUGCAAACGCGUGCUCUAGGCUGCUUUGCCGACGCGAAAGAACACAUAUCGGACACCACGUACAUGCCGACCUUUGUCUUCGCAACGCUCUUGGGUAUACAUGUCCUCUAUGAGACACUCCAGAGGGAUUACGGAUCGCUGGCAGGUUUUGUCGAUGGCUUCGUGGGUUACUCACGUCUUCACCGUGGUGUCCGAGCAGUCACCGAGACAUACUGGCCGAAGAUUCUUCAGUCGAACCUCAAACCUCUUCUUUACAUUCCGGUUCUAGCACAACAGGUGGACUCGCAACCGCCCGGUUCCGAAACAGAGCAGUUCAAAGAAUUUCUUGCAGCAUCUCCAGCAGUAUCAGCAUCCAAUAAUGGCUGUCUCCCAGCACUCAGCGGUAUUCAGUGGGUGCUUGAUAUCGCGAGACAGGAACCUUCAAGAUUCGACGUUGGGGUUAAUGCCGUCAUGGCUUGGCCGCUGUGUAUUUCGGAGGAGUACAUCGAGGCGCUUCGCCAACACCAACCAGAAGCUCUCGUUGUCCUGGCGUUCUACGCAGCUACAUUGCACAGAUAUCGACAAUUUUGGGCAUUUGGUACUUCUGGAUCUUCCAUUGUCCAUAUGGUCGCCAACAGUAUUGGUUCAUUUUGGCAAGAUGCUCUGAGUUGGCCACUCCAAGUUUUAAUAGAAAGCUGA